AUGACCCUGAACGAAGAACAACCUGAUCGACGUGUGAAAAUCGGUACCAGACUCGCCCCAUCCCUCCGAGCACAAUUCAUCGAUUUCUUAUGGCAUCAUUCGGAGGUAUUCGCCUGGUCUUACGAAGACAUGCCCGACAUCUCCCCUGAGGUCAUCAGCCAUAAGCUCAGCAUCUCCCCCGCCUAUAAACCCGUUAGGCAGAAACGCCGUUCGUAUGAUGCCGAACGGGAAGCUACGUACCCCGUGUGGCUGGCAAACUCUGUAAUGGUUCGGAUGGCAACAGGUGGGUGGCGAAUGUGCCAAGAUUAUAUUUACUUGAACAAAGCAUGCCCAAAGGAUAGCUUCUCGUUGCCUCAGAUUGACCAGCUCGUAGACGCUGCUGCCGGCCAUGAGCUGCUCAACUUCAUGGACGCCUAUUCGGGAUAUAACUAG